AUGGCCAAGAAAAAGGCGGUGGCGCGAAACGGUCACACUGGUCCCAGAAUGUUUAUCGAUAGGGAGUUAGAUGCCAAACCUAAUGAUGAGCCGAAUACAACCUCCGAUACCGAAGCUUCAGAAUCUUUAAUACGCCACCCUGAGUUUUUCUUUGACAAUACUCUAGUUGCCAUCCAGGUCGAAAAAACUCUCUCCAACGUACACAAAUAUCAACUAUCCAAGUCUAAAGUCUUCUCGGAUAGGUUCAAGAGAUCCAAGGCCGAUGAUGGUGAACCUGAAGAAGGUUCAUCUCCCGAGCAUCCUAUUAAAUUAGGGGAUAUAUCUGCAUCUGACUUUGCUUCACUUAUGAGGGUUUUAUAUGCAAGCUAUUUCUCGAGCAACCAGCCUGCCCUAGAGGCCAACCUCAUUAUUCCUGCCUUUCGGCUGGCACACAUAUUUGAUUUCUCAGAUCUUUACGCAUUUCUUUUACCGCUAGCAGAGGAGAAUUUAGAUGACGCGAACAAAAUCGUGUUUGCCAGGGAGCUUGAGAUCACAAAAUGGCUGGUACCUUCCCAUGUGCGCCUUUGUAAACGGGAGAAGCCUCUUACUACCCAAGAAGCUAAAAAGAUUGGGGUAGAGAGUGUCCUUCUUAUCUCGCGGAUGCGUGAGCAACAUCGGUGCCAGUCCCCCAGGCUGUCACUCACUAUUGGCAAAUACUAUUGCGACAACUGUGCGGGUGUAACCUAUGAACCAGUUGGUGGCUACAAGUGUUGGGGGUGUGCGACACAUACUAAUGCCGGUUUACUCUGCAAUGGGACCGGUCAUACACGCGUCCCAGUGGUAGAUGAUGAUGCGAUUGAGGCAGGAGUCAAGAAAUGGGUGAAAGAUGGUUGUACUAUAAAAGACUUGGAUUGA